UGCGCCACUGCCCGCCCACUGGUGUAACCACCAACGCCAAGUAAUUUAUUGCUCCGUCACCAGUCCGUGAUUUCGCCAAGCGACACCGUUGCGGGACGUGUUCUUUGCGUUGUUUCCUUCUGCUCAGUAUCCAUAUCGUUGCAACAAUCAUCGCUUCCCCUCCCUCUCCCAAUCUUCGGCCUGCCACGGCACGGCACGGCACGAGGCAUGCUGCCACGCGCGGCGGCCGCCUUUGGGCGAGCCUCCAACGCACUCAUCCCCGCCACCAGACAACGACUAGCGGCUCGCCCACAUCGCAUCGUCCGCCGAAACAUAUCACUCCUGCCCUGGAGGCGAAACAAGGUGCAGGAGCCACUGCCCGUGUACUUUUCUCGAAUACCGUCACAAUCACGAACGGGGGUAUGGCGAAGUCGCCUCGGGCGCGUCGCGUUCACGACGUUUGCGCUGUACGCGUGCUGGCAGAUAUUCGCGACCGUCGUGAUUGACCCCCUGCUCGACUGGGCCGAUCACGAAUGGGAGGCCCUUUCGGAGAAGGAAAAGCAAGAGAUGGAGGAGUUCACCGAAGAAGACGAGCCUAUCCUCUUCCUGCCGUUCCCGUUCACGACCAAAGAGGUUCAGCAGCUGCCGUACAAGGGCUCCGAUCCAGAAUGGGCCAUGUUCGUGGCCGUCAACAAGGACAAGCAGCUGCAAAAGGAUAUCAAGCUUGGCCUUGCAGAGAUUAUUCGCCGCAGCGUGGAGCAUAAUCCUCCCUAUGUGAAGCUUCUCGGAGGAGACAUCAAGCUCAAGAAGAUGUGGCUUGACAUCAUCUACCCUCCAGGACCGCCACCCAGGCACUACAUCUCUGGUGUCGUGGUCGAUGAGGACGGCAUCUACUGGGGUGACCGCCCCAUAGACUCCUUGGCCGCGACCCACCUGAACAUGGCCAUAUAUCCCAAGGCCGUCGCCAUGACCGUAUGGACAUUUGUCAACUUCCUCUUCAAGCAGACAGCCCAAGACGUCGCCAAGGCCCUGGGAUUAGGCUCGUCGCCGCACGAGGAGACAUCCUGGCAGUCCGUCACCCUCGAUCGGUGGCGAGAGCAGGGCUGGGGCGAACAAGGAGCCUUCGGCGGCCCGGGUAAGCAGCCCGCCAGCGCCUCGGCCCAGCAGCCCGAGAAGCAGCCCGCCGGCUUUCCCAUACAGACAGCCGGUGGCAAUAUCCUCGGCGUGCCCUUAAGCGGCGAGUCCCAGAUGGAUCCUCGCAUUCAGGCAGCUCUCCAGGCCGCCAGCAUGACCUUUUCCAGGCACUGGCAGCCCGCCAUGCAGCCCCCCACCCGCGGCUGCAUCGUCGUCGAUGGCAUCAUCGAGCUGCAGGGCAAGACUGCCGUCAUGGCCGUCUUUGUCCUGGGGUGGUACGAUCCCAAGCAGAGGAGGUUUGUAGGCAUACACACGGGCCUCAAGCACCUCGUUCAGCUCAAGCAGCGACCUGCUGGUGGCUGACGCUGGUGCUCUCGGAUGGAUUCUGUUGACUGAUGCGGUCAACUAUCCGUCAAGAUGAGUGACGAGGGUGAUAUUUUUGUGUCUGCUUAUUUGUAUGUAUACAGUAGCACGAGCAUGGCUAGGCGCUGGAAAGGCUCUGUUUUUGAUACCAUAGAGCACGGGAACCCACUACAGAAGUCAUGAAUCUUUCAAUGUUUAUCGA